AUGGAACGUAAACGAUCCCGCACGGCCAACCUGCUUGGUGAGGAAGACGACCAACCGUCGAGCAAGCAGAUCGAGGCAAAGAAGCAUAAAAGUAACGGCGAAAACAUGCGAAGCUUUCUACCGUCGUUGUCAGAUCCAGUUCCAAAUCCUGGCGGCGCACCUCGUCCUGAAGAAAUCCAGGCUAUUAUCGCACAGAAACGGGCCGAGAUUGCCGCGAAACUAGCAACAUUCUCUAAACAGACACAGCAAAAACCAGUAGCACCUCAGACGAUGCCAUCAGUAGUUGCCCCUCCUGCGGCUCCUACAGCUCCGGUGACCACGUCGGGUAUCGAUCCCGACCUUCAACGAAAAAUUCAAGAAGCGAAGGAAAGGAUUAAGUCUACUAUAAUGAAGACAAAUCCGUAUUUGUCUUCAGCAAGCUCAGCGGCUAGAGCAGCUGAUGAUUCAAGCAAGGCUAAAGGUGGUUUAAAAGUAGAGGCUCAUCCUGCUCUGCUAUUAGAUCAAAGUGGAAAACUAGACAUAAAACGAGCGGCAGCUCUCAUUCCCAAACCCAAUUUUGCUACUAUAAAGGCAAAUCAACGGGCAACUCCUGCUGCAUUUAAGCAAGAAACGAAAGUAACAGCUCGCGCGGAGGACUUGAACGAUAUAACCCAAAGCGCAUAUUUCGACUCUAACAUUGGUAUGAUUGCGCCAAAACGUCGUGUCCGAAAACGCUUCAAAUUUGUACAGAAAGGUAAAUUCGAAACUCUCGGAAAUCAAAUGCGCGCACAGGCUAAACUUGAAAAGCUGAAGGAAGAAAUUGCUCAGAAUGUAAAGAAAGCAGGCAUUGAGGCAGAGUUGGAUUCGGAUAAGGCAAUAAAGAGAAAACCACCUCCCGCAGUUGAAUGGUGGGACGUACCAUUAUUAUCCCACAGAACUUAUGACGACAUUGAUGCUGGUCAUGCAAAGAUAGAGAGCGAAGAUUCUCUGGUCACGAUGUAUGUCCAACAUCCUGUCCCGAUAAAGCCUCCGGGUGAUCAUGGCCCACCGCCGCCUAAGCCAUUGAUGCUAACUAAAAAGGAGCAAAAGAAGUUGCGACGGCAACGACGAUUAGAGUUGCAAAAGGAAAAGCAGGACAAAAUACGUCUUGGAUUACUUCCGCCCGAUCAGCCCAAGGUUAAACUAAGCAAUCUUAUGCGAGUCCUGACAAAUGAUGCUAUUCAGGAUCCAACGAAAGUUGAAGCACAAGUUCGAAAGGAGAUGCAAAAACGUCAAGAGACACAUCUCAAGACAAAUGAGGAGAGAAAACUGACAGAAGAACAGAAACGGGAAAAACUCAGACGAAAAAUGGAUGAUGAUGCAAAAAAAGGCACAUUUGUUUGCGCGUUUAAGGUCGGCGAUUUGUCACACCCCAAGAUGAAGUUCAAAGUCGACAGGAACGCUCAGCAAUUGGGACUUACGGGUUGUGUCAUCAUUAACCCGAACUUUAAUAUUGUCGUUGUCGAGGGUGGCCCAAAGGCUAUUAAAUUCUACAAGAAAUUGAUGCUUCGACGAAUCGAUUGGUCAGAUACUACACGACUUGGGGAGGGCAGUGAAGAAAUGGUCGACGAUGAGCCGAAAGAAGCACAAAAGGUAAAUAAGUGUUCGCUAAUAUGGGAAGGUGAAGUGAAAGAUCGUGCGUUUAAAGGGUUCAAAUUCAAGACAUGUCCAAUCGAAAACGCUGCACGUGAACAUUUGAGAAAGUAUAAGGUUGAGCAUUAUUGGGACUUGGCGAGCAAAUACAAUGAUGACGGUCCGGAGACGUCUGUUAUAGUUUAA